AUGAGUGGCCAAGUUCAAAAAAGCCUUCGGGACUUCGACGUGCUGGCGGUCCUCGGAUGCGGCUCCUUCGGGACCUGCUAUAAGGUGCAGGACAGGAGCACCGGCGAGGUGUUUGCCUUAAAAGGCAUCGAUUACGACCAGCUAGACGAGGACAAGCGCGAGGCGCUGUUCUCGGAGGUCACCACGCUCCGGGAACUGCAGCACCCCAACAUUGUGCAAUACCAUGACCAUUUCGACAAUCGGGUGGCCAAGAGCGACGCCGGUGCGAGGAGCCCUACAUUUGGCGGGUGCUCGUCCAAGUGUGCCGUGCCUUGGACUGCUGCCACAACGGUACGGACCGAGCGAUCGGGACACCGGGACGUGAAGCCGGCGAACAUCUUCCUGGACGCUGCCGGCAACGCCAAGCUGGGUGAUUUCGGCCCGGCCCAGAUGCUGAGGCGGGACCAGAGCUUCGACGCUGCGUUCGUGGGCACUCCGGUGUACAUGAGUCCGGAGCUAGUCCGCGGCAGGAGGUCCGACUGGAAGAGCGACGUGUGGGCCCUGGGAUGCGUGGUGUACGUGAUGUACCCUGCUGAAGUUUUAUCUGAAAGGCAUACCCACGUGUCUCAACGAUUAAAAAUGGAUCGCAUGGAUUUCUCCCACAAAACCCUCCACGACUACGACGUUCUGGCUGUGAUGCGCAACGGCUCGUUCGGGACCUUGUUCAAGGUGCGGGACAAGAGCUCCGGCGAGCCGUUUGUCCUGAACGGCAUCAAUUACGACAAGCUGGACGAGGUCAAGUGCGAGGCGUUGUUCUCGGAGAUAACCAUGCUCCGCGAACUGCAGCACCCUAGUAUUGUGCAAUACCACCACCUUUUCGACAAUCGGGUGAUGAAGCAUACCCACGUGUCUCAACAUUCAAAAUGGAUCGCAUGGAUUUCUCAAACAAAACCCUCCGACUACGACUUGCUGGGCGUGAUGCGCAACGGCUCGUUCGGGACCUUGUUCAAGGUGCGGGACAAGAGCUCCGGCGAGCUGUACGUCUUGAAGGGCAUCGGCUACGACAAGCUGGACGAGAUCAAGUGCGAGGCGCUGUUCUCGGAGCUUACCAUUCUCCGGGAACUGCAGCACCCUAACAUUGUGCAAUACUUCCACCAUUUCGACGCAGUGUGCCGUGCCCUGGAUCGGUGCCACAGAAGGAUUGACGGAGCCAUCCUGCACAGAGAUGUGCAGCCGGCCAACAUAUUCUUGGACGCUGCCGGCAACGCCAAACUGGGCGAGUUCGGCCUGGCCCAGAUGAUAAGGGAGCUAACCCUCGACGCUUCGGACGUGGGCACUCCGGACUACAUGAGUCCGGAGCUAGUCCGCGGCAGGAGAUAA